AUGAAGAAGCAGCGGGGCGACCUCCAGCCAUCAUGGCCUCCCCAACCCCAACAAGCGAUGCCGAUGCAGACGCAACAACAAUCGCCUUUUGCUAACACGCCUGCUUGGGGUUACAGCACCCAGCAUGGAUACGGCCAGCCCGACAUGAACCGUCGCAAUGACUCCAUGGACUACAGGGCAUAUGCCGCCGCCCAACCACAUGCUCAGGCCGCCCAGGCUCAGGCCCAGGCACAGGCCCAGCACCAUCAGCAGCAGCAGCAACAACACCACCCGAGCGCCAUUCAGCCCCCGAUCCCCGUGUCGCAGCACGCUGCCCAGCAGCAACAGCAUGUGCCGCAGCAUGUGCAACACCCCCAACAUGUCCAACAACAUCCCCAGCAGCAGCAGCAGCAACAGCACGCGCAGCACCUAGCGCAGCAGUCCCAGCAGGGAUCGCCCGCCCAGCAGCACGUCCAGCAACAACACGUCCAGCCUCAGCAUGUCCAGCCGCAACAUGUGCAGCACGCGCCGCAGUCCACCUCGGUCCAGCCCCAACAAGUCCACCAGCAGCCUCCCCAGCAGUCCACCCCCCAGCCGGCCCCGGCCCCGGCCCCGGCCCCCAGAGGUCGUAAGCGCGCCGCGCCACCCGCCGCCGCCGCCACUCCAACGGCCCCCGUUUCGGCACCUCCGCAGCCUGUCCAGACCCCCGUUCAGCAGGCCCCCCAGAUUGCGACUCCCGUACCCGUGCCGACCCCUCCAGCUCCCAUAGCUGCCCCGACCCAGCCCGCUACCCCUGUCGACAACGCCCAACCCGCCGCGCAAGCCCCUCCGGCCAAGAAGAGCCGCACAAAUACGCCGUGGACGCCGGCGGAGGAGUUGCGCCUGAAACAGAUGAGGGAUAAUGGCUCUAGCUGGGCAGAGAUUGCCAAGACCUUUCCCGCGAGGACGGAGGGCAGCGUCAAGAAACACUGGUACAAGGACAUGCAUUAUGCAGAGUUUGCCGAGGACGAGGUACGCAUCACAAGCGCUCCGAUGGCGGCAUUCGCCAAUGUUGUCAGCCUGCUAACAGUCGACUCCCUCCAGAGCGCGGCCUUGAUGAGUGCGAUAAAAGAGUACGAAAACAACAAGUGGAAGGUCAUCGGACAGAAGGUUGGCAAGCCUGCAAAGGCUUGUGAGCAGUACGCCAAGGAGCAUUUUCCAGCCGUGGCGAAGAACUGCGAACAGGCCGAGGAGCAAUCUUCAGCCGUCAGCGCAUACCCGAACCCGAUUGCGAAUCCGCCUCUACCACCUCCUCGACCUGUCGAGCCACCUCCUCCUCUCCCUGCCUUUUCAAGUCCGUAUAGCCAGCGCCCAGUGAGCACCACGCAUCGGGGCUCAAGUCCCAUCCCUCUGCCUCCAAACCUGGACAAUCAGCACUAG